CAGCCGGACUGUGGGUUUUGCAACUUGCACCUGGCAACACACACAGAAACCACGCCCACUGCUGCCGUCGUCACACUGAGGUCAGGUAGACGGAGCGAAGAUGGCGACCGCCUACGAGAGAUAUAAUUUGCACACAACCCCAGAGAAGUUCUUCAUCGAGGCCUGCGAUGAGGGGGCUGAUGCUGUGCUGGCAAUCGACAGGGUCUCAAAUGAAAUGACCCUCACAGGUAAAAUAGACAUCCCCCCCUCAGCAGUCACCAGACCUAUAUGUGGCAUCAUGGGAACCGUCCGCCUGGUAGCAGGGAUGUACCUGAUAGUCAUCACCAGGAAGAGGAAUGUGGGCAGCCUCCUGGGCCACGCUGUGUGGAAGGCUGUGGAUUUUGACGUGAUCUCUUAUAAGAAGACUGUGCUGCAUCUCUCAGAGAUCCAGUCUCAGGAGAAUAAGACUUUCCUGUCCAUGAUCAACAAUGUGCUGAUGACCGACGGCUUCUACUUCUGCACUGACUACGACCUGACACACACUCUGCAGCGGCUGGCCAACACCAGCCCCGACUUCCAAGAAAUGAGUCUGUUGGAGAGGGCAGAUCAGAGGUUUGUGUGGAAUGGGAACCUCUUGAGAGAGCUGGCUGCACAACCAGAGCUUCAUAAGUUUGCACUUCCUGUUGUCCAUGGAUUCAUCGUAAUGAAGCCAUGCCGUAUAAACGGAAAGAUCUUUGAGUGGAUCCUCAUAUCCAGGAGGAGCUGCUUCCGGGCCGGCGUCAGAUACUAUGUUAGAGGCAUCGACUCUGAAGGUCAUGCUGCCAAUUUUGUGGAGACUGAGCAGAUAGUUCUGUAUGAGGGAGCAAAGGCUUCAUUUAUACAGACACGAGGUUCCAUCCCCUUUUACUGGAGUCAGAGGCCCAACCUCAAAUACAAACCUAAACCUGUGAUCAACAAAACCACCAAUCACAUGGAUGGUUUCCAGAGGCAUUUUGACUCUCAGUUCCUCAUCUAUGGGAAGCAAACUAUUCUGAACCUGGUGAACCAGAAGGGCUCAGAGAAGCCACUAGAGCAGGCUUUUGCCAAGAUGGUGUCUGGCAUGAACAAUGGUAUGCUCAAUUACGUAGCCUUCGACUUCCACAAAGAGUGCAGCCACAUGAGGUGGGACCGUCUCCAGAUCUUAGUGGAUGAUGUUGCUGAGACACAAGAUCAAUACAGUUACUUCAUGGUGAACCCAGAGGGGAAGACGGUGGCCCAACAGAGAGGACUCUUCCGCAGUAACUGCAUGGACUGCCUGGACAGGACCAACGUCAUCCAGAGCCUGCUGGCUCGGCGCUCCCUUCAGUCUCAGCUUCAGAGGAUGGGGGUUCUGAAUGUGGGUCAGCGGGUUGAAGAGCAGGUUGAGUUUGAAAAGAUCUACAAGAAUGCAUGGGCCGACAACGCCAAUGCAUGCGCUGUACAGUACGCAGGAACUGGAGCCUUGAAAACAGACUUCACACGGACGGGGAAGAGGACCAGAUGGGGGCUGCUGAUGGACGGCUGGAACUCAAUGAUCCGCUACUACAAAAACAACUUCUCUGAUGGAUUCAGACAGGAUUCCAUUGACCUGUUUCUCGGUAACUUUGCUGUCGAUGAGUCUGAUGGACCCACUCCUCUUCGUGUGCAGAAGGACUGGAAGUUCCUCACACUUCCCAUCAUUAUGCUGGUGGCAUUUUCCAUGUGCAUCGUCUGUCUUCUCAUGGCUGGUGACACAUGGACAGAGACCCUGGCCUACGUGCUGUUCUGGGGGGCUGCUAGUGCCAUCACAGCCACUAUCAUCCUCUUCAACGGCCAAGACUUUGUGGACGCCCCCAAACUGGUUCACAAGGAGAAGCUGGACUGAGUGUGUGUGAGUGUGUGUAUGUGAGGAGUAUCUAGAGCCAGAUACCUCGUCCUCACCAUCUUCUUCCCCAGGUCUGGACUCCAGACUGAUCGGAUGCCUCCAUGCUACCCUCCACACCUUCUCCUCCAAAACCACUUGUCUGCUGUUUGACUCAAACAUCAUUUACCUUCUUCAUUUGUUCUGCACACACUCCGUCACAUGGUUUACAUUAUAUUUACAUACUGUAUCUUGAGGUUGUUUUUUCUGGUUUUGUUGGUGUUAUGUAUAGCUGAUAACUGACAACUGUUAUGUUGUCAGUUAUACGGAGGAUUUGUGAUGGCGCAUUAUUUUACUGUUUCAAUGUUCUUUAGUUUUCUCAAAAAAACUACCUAACACUACUGCUCAUUUUCUUAUUCCACAUUUGUGUCAUGAUGUCACCAAACCAUACAGACCAAUAGAAAUGAUAGUGCUUGGAAGAUGUCCCGCCCUAACAGGAACAAUGAAACCAACAGUGCACUCUGUGCAGUAUGUACAUAUGGAGUUUUGAAUGCAACAAGCCUUACAAACUAGCAUAUGAAAUAUGAAUAUUUGGCUGAUUUGUAUGGAACUGAGUGAACAAUAUGUCUUUCUAUGACACUAACUUGGCUAGUAUCUAUGCGAUUUGGCACUUUGGCGAGCCAUGAAAUGUGCUGCUCUCGGCCUGCAUCUUCAUUUAGUUGAGCGGUUCAAAUGGGUCUGUUCUUGUGCUUGAUCAAACAAUUGACUGACAUGGAGCUUUAUAGACAGGAUGGUGACUGACAUAGAGCUUUAUAGACAGGAUGGUGACUGACAUGGAGCUUUAUAGACAGGAUGGUGACUGACAUAGAGCUUUAUAGACAGGAUGGUGACUGACAUAGAGCUUUAUAGACAGGAUGGUGACUGACAUAGAGCUUUAUAGACAGGAUGGUGACUGACAUAGAGCUUUAUAGACAGGAUGGUGACUGACAUGGAGGUUUAUAGACAGGAUGGUGACUGACAUAGAGCUUUAUAGACAGGAUGGUGACUGACAUAGAGCUUUAUAGACAGGAUGGUGACUGACAUAGAGCUUUAUAGACAGGAUGGUGACUGACAUGGAGGUUUAUAGACAGGAUGGUGACUGACAUAGAGCUUUAUAGACAGGAUGGUGACUGACAUAGAGCUUUAUAGACAGGAUGGUGACUGACAUAGAGCUUUAUAGACAGGAUGGUGACUGAGGACGGUGUCUGUCUACAUCUCUAGUGUGCUAGUAGAAAAAUAGCCUGAAUAAUGUUGACGUGUGGAUGAGAUGGACACAGGUUGUUGUUAGUGGCCUUACAGUGUCUGCACUGUUCUUUGAUGGUCAUCCAAGAGAAAUAGAACCUCCUAAAGUUGCCAUUUCUGGACCUGGACCGUUACCAACUAGGUUAAUUUGUCUGUCCGAUCAAUUAGACUGUAGCAGUUUUUACUGAAAUGGUCUCUGUCCAUCUCUGUGUCCCUGGGUUGAUCCAUGGCAGCUGUUUGAAUUCAAGCAUUUCAAAUUCUUCACAUUGUGGCUUUAAUUGUAAUUGUUAGCCGGAGAUAUCGGAUGUUGUUUUGUGGUCAUAUCAGAACAUCAGUGUCUCAAUAUGUUGGGUGAAAAGGUGCAUGUGUUUCACGGUGUGUCCAUGUGGGCUUCAUCAUUCCUCUCAUAUUUGAAAGAAUGAUGGCCUACGCACACUGUUACCAUUCUGACCUCCAUUUAAGAUCUUUAUAUUGCAAUGUCUUAAAAUCUAAUGUUUACUGUGUCUUGACAAUAUCAGAUACUUAUGUUGUGGUGAAGUCCAAAUACUUUAGAGGAUUAUUAACGGUGAUUAACUUGGAUCUCAGACCUAAACAUGCAUUAGUAACCACGAAGGCUCCAGUUUACCGUGCAUUUGUUCAUUCAUGUGUUCAGUCUGGUUCAGUUUCCUCUUAGAGGAUCGGGGACUGUGUUGCUGCGGUCCAGAGGAGUCCAAAUGCAGCCUUCCAUUCCUGCCCCUCAGCAGAGAGCAAAAAGACGUUGAUCCAUUCAGCUAAUACUUAAAGAGGAUUUAGCUUCGACACUCAGAUGUUAAUGAAAGAUAGUCUUCUGUAGAAGUCUAGUGCCCCUGUCUUCUCCUUUCUGUGUAUUGUUUCAUAUGCAGGAAGUAUGCUGUUAGUUGUCUAUGAUGUGUUUAGGAUCAUUCCUGCAGUGUGAACAUUAUCUCAUGUAUCAGAUCAGAACAAUGAGUGGUAGGCUACAUGUCAUUAGGUGAGCGAGUGAUUAUUCAUGAAGUAGAAUGUGUAUGUACUUAUGAUCAUGCUAGUGUUUCCAAGAGGUGAUUCUGAUCUGAACGAUCUAACUUUGUAUUACAGUAUUGGUCAAAGUCCUCUUAUUUAUGGAGUCCUAAAGUCCUGAGAAAUACUCUUUAAAUCGUGUGCACACAAGAAAGAAAUCUUGUGAACAAGAAAACUGUGUAAAUGAAAGAGCCUUGUGAGAUCAACAUAACUUAUGCAUAAUCAUAGGUUGUCCAACGAGACGGUACAGAUUGCAAAAAAGAUAAACCAUGCACAACAUAUAAUGAUCUCUUAUUUACACAAUAUAGCUUGUGGAUAUGAAUACAGACACUGUGGCUGGAGGUUAGCUCUACUUUCUUCUGGUCUUGAUCAGUUGUUGUGGAGCUGCUAGUGAGCUGCAGGAGGAACUGGGCCUCGGGCAAAGUUGUUCUUUUCAAAAUACUUUUCACACAAAUGUCUCAUAUGUAAUCUGUGGAGGUGAAAUCUGUCUCAUGGACAUAUCCUUGUAAUGCCUGUACAUUUUCCAAAUGAGAGCUCUAAUUGCAGAUGUAACACAGUAUAAUAUGUGAGUGGAAGUGCUGCACCUUAUUUGAAGUAUGCUUGGACAUGUUCCCCUGCUAUCACAAUAAGAACCGAUCCGUCCUUCGUGUGCGGCUGCAGGUUCCACUGAUUUGUUCUGGGAUGUGGUCAUUAAGUCUUUACUGUGUGUUUUAUAAACGUUUAGCUUCCAAACAUAACUGCUCCGCUGAAGUGUACGAUGUGAUAUGUGUGGUGUAACAUGACGAGCACACUUUACUACAACGUGUUCAUUUGGACCAAGGGCCUUAGCUUUCUUUUUCUUGGGGAUUUUGAAAUGUGUGGAGAGUUCAUUCUUCAUUUAAAGAAUAAAGUAUAUAUUCAAGCGUA